AUGGAUGGAGAGCUCCUCCUUUGUCUUGACAUCCCGGACGCCAUCAGAGAACGCAUAGAUGAUGGCCUCGUCGGUCACCUCGGGGAUCUUGAUCCGUGCGUUGUUCAAGCACUGAAUGUACUUCUGCAGGGGAGUUUGUCCCAUCCAUCCCCUGCCCGCCGCCACCUACCUACCUUCUCCCUCGGGAUCUGUCUGAUCCAUUCACCAACCACAUCCAGCCCGAAGCUGCCUCCUCCUUCCUCGCGGUUGAACCCGAGGCGCCCCUGCGCCGUGCUCCUCCCUUGCCCGAGUCUCUGCCACGUACAGCGCCCGACGCCGGCGGGCUGCAGCAGCAGCUCCCGCAUCCCCGACUCCCGAGCACCUCCCCCCUCGUCGUCUCAGGACCCGCCAUGGAAACCCCAUCGCCUCGCCAAGUACCUCGCGGGAGAGCACCUCCAUGGAGCCGAGGAGCUCCUGCAUGUUGUCUCCGCCCCGGCGCACCUUGCCUCUGCCGUCUCUAGCACCCUGCCGGCGAGCACAACCGCUAAAGCUGCUUCGUCCCCUCGCCAUCGAGCAUCAGCAGGCCGCCGCACCUCCCCUGUGUCUCCCCUCCCUCUCUGUUUGUCUGCAGAACGAGCCCAACCGCCGAGAUCGAGCUGCCACGCUGGGUCCGAGGUGGAUCCAUCCGGCCUCGCCGUUCUCCUAGCCUCGCCCGCAUCAGUUUCCGCCGGAUCCUGGCCAUUCGUUCAUCGGGAAAAUGCGCCGCCCCCUUCAGUUUCGCCCGCGCGCCACCUCGCCGGUGGACGUGGUCCCCUGUCCCACCUGAAGCCAUCGCAGUCGGCUUCGGUCUCUGCAUCGAGCAGAGAAGGGCGACGCCUGCUGCCUCGUGCCUCCUCGUCGCUUGCGUGGGCUGCAAGAGCGCCAAGGCCCAGCGCAUCUCCGGCCCAGCUUGCCCUCUGUUGGCCUCCUCCUCCCCACCAGCCGAGUUGAAGCCCGUGGUGAGACAGCCCAGCGUCAACAAUUUCGGCCCGUAGAUGUUUUUUUCCAGUUAUGUGAAUUUGUCUAAUAUCCAGGAGUUUGCCUAUUUUACAGAAAGCCCCCUAAACAACAUGCAUAUAAUAACUCACAAACGAUGCAUCAUAUUAAAAUGAUUUAUAUAUGAAAGUUGCUUAGAAUUUUGUGUAGUUUCAUAAUAUGUCAUUUCCAUCCAUGUUUAAAAUGCUUAAA